CAGGCAGUUUGGAUACUCGAGAAAGUAACCACUGGCACGAACUCUUGACUCAAUGGUCCCAAAGAUACGCUGGGGGCUGUAUCGCCAUCUCCGAUGCUUGCCGGUCACUCAGCCUCGGGCAAUUAGAUCACAUGCUUUGGUGACUACAGCUCGGUCAUUUGACAAGGUGACAACGGCGACCUCUGUCAAACCCAAACCUAAGCUCAUCAAGACAAAGGCUAGACUAUCAGAUUUGCCAGCGACGAAGCUGGGAUCGAACGGCUUGCCACAGAAGCCAUUGGAAGCAUGGGAUGAAAGAGACGUGCCUCCCAACCGUUCGAAAUCCCCCAAAACGGUCAGGGCAGCCAAAGCGCGUAGCGAUGGCGCCAGGAGCCCAGUAAUUCCCUGUUCAAAGGCAGAAUUGGAACUUCUUCAGGAUGCCAUACGACAGGGUGUUAUCCCAGAUACUCCUUUGGCUCAUGAGGUAUAUCUCAAUUGGAAGAGGUUUCCAGAUUGCAUUUUGCUCACGAGAGUGGGAAAGUUCUAUGAGUCAUAUUUUGAACCCGCUCGGUAUUUGGCUUCCAUCCUUUCGCUGUCCCUUGCAGAAAAGAAAUACGGCGCGAACGAGGCUAAGAGGUCAUACCCAUUCGCUGGUUUUCCGGUACAUGCACUGGACAAAUAUCUCAAGAUGCUUGUUCAAGACUUGGGACACACCGUUGUGCUCGUGGAGGAGUAUGAUACAGAAGGAGCCGUUGCCCAUACUGGCAAAAAGCUCACCGCAGGCUCCGGACCAAAGGAACGUAGGGUGUACAGAGUCGUUACGCCGGGGACUAUGGUCGAUGAGUCGUGGGUGGAUGCAGAUCAGAGUCGAUACUUGCUCGCCAUCGCUGUAGGCAAUGAGGGCCAGAAUGGUCAGGAACUAUCUCUCGCUUACACAGAUGCUUCCACUGGAGAAUUUUUCACUAAGGAUACGACUGUCUCACAGAUGGAAGAUGAGCUCGCUCGAAUUACUCCCCGUGAAGUUGUUCUAGAUAAUUCGCUCUACGAACUGUGGCGAGAACAUUAUAACUAUUCGGAAAUGAAGCGGAAAGAUGCCUCUCAGGUUGAAGAGCUGCUCGCGCUACUUCGAGUACUAGGCGUCAGAGUGUCCUUUGCCGACCCCUGUCGUCCGCCUCCACUCUACACAUCUGCCUCAUCACCAACUUUACACCCUACCACACCGGAAGAGAAUGCUGCUGCGCUCCUCCAACACCAUCUCCAGUAUGCUUUGCGAGAGUCGAUGCCAGCACUUCGUCGACCUCACAAGCAAUCCAAUUCGGCCUUCAUGCAAAUCGAUGCUGCAACCCUCCAAGCUCUCGAGAUACGCCAUGCUUUUAGGCCAGGGGGAUUAAUUGCUACGGGCGAGACACAAACUAAUUCAUCUCCCUUGUCUGCCAAGGGUACGCUUCUCUCAGUGGUAUCCAAGACUAUAACAUCUUCCGGCCAUCGACUACUUAUACGCACUCUCACAGCUCCUUCGACAUCUCCCCAUAUAAUCAACUCCCGCUUGGCGCUGGUACAAGCCUUUAUGGAUAGAGAGGAUCUUAAAACUGAACUUCGGCACGAGCUGAAAGAGCUGGGGGAUAUCAUGCGGAUCAUUCAGCGGUUUAGAGGCCAAAGAGGCACUGGACGUGAUAUAUGGGACGUUGGAAGGUGGAUAAGGGGUGCUCAGAGAAUAUUGGAGACUAUCAAGGAAGAGAUCAAAAUCGAAGUUGGCCGAAAUAACGAGAAAGCGAUACGGAAAUCGGAAGGCAUCACAAGGCUGCAGGAAUUCGUGGACUCGUUUCGUGAUCUUGACAGAAUCGCCUCCAAAAUCGAAUCCUCUGUGGAAGAAUCUGCCAUCAUGUUCAGAUCCGGCGAUGAUAAGAGUAUCAUUGAUGAGCAAGAAGCUGGUGAUGCGCUGCUUACAAGUCAGGCAUCAUCUAAAGAAAGUGAAGCAGACGAAAAGCAGAGGAUCAAGCGGGAGAGGGAUGAGAGAGAGAUGUCAGAGUGGUGGAUUCGUCCUCAGUUCUCGCCUGCGCUCCAACUUCGACAUGACGAACUGAGUGCUUUGAAAGCCGAAGCCCAAAAGUUACAAGCAAGCCUAAUCAAGAAGUAUGAUACGCCUACUCUGACUAUUGAGAAGAACCACAGAUUCAGCUAUCACAUUCAAAUGUCAGCAAAAGAUGCUGAAAAGGUGGCGAAAGCGAGAUCUCUGGAGCGUAUAGGAAGCAUGACUGGUAAAACAGCAUACUUUGCCUACGCGCCGCUUGCGGAACUGGGUACGAGAAUUGAGAUCAUGAUGGAAUAUCUAGGCGCUGCUCAAAGGCGAGCUGCUCGGGAACUUCAAAAUAUGGUGGUAGAGCAAUCGGACGCGAUCCAGCAAAAUUCCGAAUUAGUUGAUGAGCUGGAUUUGAGCCUGAGCUUUGCUCAGAAUGCAGUUGAGAUGAACUGGGUCAGGCCAAUACUGGACAAUUCUACGGAGCUACAGAUCAUUAAUGGUAGACAUCCUUCCGUUGAAUCUUCUUUGCUGUCUGCUUCUCGCAAUUUCACCCCAAACAGUACUCACAUGGCUUCUGAUACCCAUUUGCAUGUCAUCACCGGCCCCAACCAGGGAGGAAAGUCGACCCUUCUUCGACAAACUGCAGUCAUAGCAAUACUUGCCCAGAGCGGAAGCUUCGUUCCUGCUGAAUACGUGAAGAUGGGAAUCGUGGAUCGGGUUUUCAGCAGAGUGGGAGCUAGAGAUGAUCUAUGGAGGGAUCGGAGCACGUUUAUGCUUGAAAUGGUUGAAACUGCAGGGAUCUUGCGCCAUGCCACUGAGAGAUCCCUCGUUAUCAUGGAUGAGAUUGGACGCGGUACUACGUUACAGGCAGGUGUCUCAAUAGCGUAUGCCACACUUGACUAUAUCCUCGAGAACAUCAAGUGCCGGACAUUGUUCGCCACUCAUUAUCACGAACUGGGACAAAUGCUAGGAUACGAUCCAAAAAGGGCUGAAGGAGAGGUGAUAAAGGGAAGAAGUGGGAUUGCUUUUUGGUGCACGGAUGUAAAUGAGGCGGAUGGCGCUUUUUCUUAUUCUUACAAGCUACGACCGGGUAUAAAUUACGAUUCUCAUGCUAUUAAAGCUGCCAGUAUCGCCGGCAUGCCAGAAUCUUUUCUACGUGUAGCCGAGUCGACGCUCGUAACCCUCCAAUCAAAAUCCAAUCUUAUUACAUUGCCAUCAUCUCAUUAGGAUAUUUAUCUACCUUCCCAUGUUUUGCCACGAAUUGCAACGACUUCAAAUUGUAUAUAUAGAUAAAUCAUCAAAUUCAUAGCAUAGCAUAGCAUACUAUCAUAAUCAUUACGAGACCGUCAUCGGCUACUUAAUCAUACAUUAUGCAUUACUUGCAGUCUGUUAUU